GCGUGUUUUUGAAAAUGGCCAGAACCAAGCAGACCGCCCGUAAGUCUACCGGUGGCAAAGCCCCACGUAAACAACUGGCUACUAAAGCUGCCCGGAAGAGCGCUCCUGCCACUGGGGGAGUGAAGAAGCCUCAUCGUUACCGUCCCGGCACUGUUGCUCUGCGAGAGAUCCGCCGCUACCAGAAAUCCACUGAGCUGCUUAUCCGCAAGCUGCCCUUCCAGCGCCUGGUGCGUGAAAUCGCCCAGGACUUCAAGACCGACUUGCGCUUCCAGAGCUCGGCCGUUAUGGCCCUGCAGGAGGCUAGCGAAGCCUAUUUGGUGGGGCUCUUUGAUGACACUAACCUGUGCGCUAUUCACGCCAAGAGAGUUACCAUCAUGCCCAAGGACAUCCAGUUAGCCCGGCGUAUCCGUGGAGAGAGGGCUUAAAGGUUGCCCUUCAGCUUCUAGUAACGAAAACUACUCCAAAUGACCCAAAGGCUCUUUUAAGAGCCACUACAUUCACACUCAAAGGAGCUGUAACAAACCCAUAGAAAAUUCUAUUUGUGUUGCGCUUAUUUGAAGAUUAUAUGAGCAUUUAGAACUUGGUUUGGGCAGCUCCUUUGGUUGAAAUGAGCUUCACUUCAACUAACGGUGGUGUUCUCUUAAGUGGAUUGAAUAAUUGUGUCCUGUUGUGACUAAGGCGGG